AAAGGUGAAGAGCGUGACAUAUCGGAACUGGGUGUUGGUGCACCAAAUCUAGGCAAGUCUAUUUUAAGAACAUCAACAUAAGGGUGCAUAGGUUACUAUUUCGUGAUAUGAUUUAUCUUUUCAGUUAAGUUUUAUUUCAUCUUAAUAUAAUAAAUUGAGUAAACAUUGUAUAAUUCUCCCCAAGUAUUGGCCAUUUUGGCGCUACUGUUGCAAAAAUACAAACCCUCACAAGCCUGGGCAACCGGGACGAGCAUGAUUGCGAGGCUAAUGCGGGUGAACUUCUUGACAAAAACAAAAGGAAACAUACGCAAAUUGCGGCUAAGUCGUUGGAAAACGAUACAAAUCAUGAGAACAAUAAGAUUUCAAAGCUCAAACUUUACCAGUACGCUGAAGGGAUAUCUGUUUCAAACAGCAAAACUGUGGAAAGAGCUGGUCGAACUAACACAGACAUGAAAAAAGCCACGACUACAGCCAAAAGAAGAAGUAAACUUCAGCUUGAAAAU